AUGCAUCACGACAUGCAUGUAGACCUGAAGCAACUCUUUGUUAAAAACUAUUUGCAUUCUUGUGAUUCCGCAGGGCUGUUCUUCAUCUUGCCGUGCACUGACAGCUUCAUUAAUGUGGACAUGCGCACCAUCACCUUCGACAUCCCACCACAAGAGGUUCUGACCAAAGACUCUGUGACAGUGAGUGUGGACGGUGUGGUGUACUACCGGGUGCAGAAUGCUACCCUGGCGGUGGCUAACAUCACUAAUGCGGAUGCUGCCACCCGGCUGUUGGCCCAGACCACCCUGAGGAACGUCCUGGGCACCAAGAGUCUGGCUGAGAUCCUGUCAGACCGGGAAGAAAUCGCUCACAGCAUGCAGUCCACUCUGGAUGAUGCUACAGACGACUGGGGGAUCAAGGUGGAGCGGGUGGAGAUCAAAGACGUUAAGCUGCCCGUCCAGCUGCAGAGAGCGAUGGCUGCUGAGGCCGAGGCCACCCGGGAGGCCAGAGCCAAGGUGAUCGCGGCGGAGGGAGAGAUGAACGCGUCGCGGGCCCUGAAGGAGGCCUCCCUGGUGAUCGCAGAGUCUCCGUCAGGCCUGCAGCUACGCUACCUUCAGACCCUCAGCACCAUCGCCGCCGAGAAGAACUCCACCAUCAUCUUCCCGCUGCCUAUGGAGAUGAUGCAGGCCUUCAUGAAACGUUGAGGCAGAGCCGUGAAACACACACACACACACACACACACACACACACACACACACACACACACACACACACACACACACACACA